AACCAUAUCAUUUAUUUUGUUUGUAAAUCGCAAUUUGUGAUUUUCCAAUUUGAAUUAUUUCAAUUUUAUUAUUAUUUGUAAUCCGGAAAUUACGAAAACAGUGAUUAAGCCAGAUAUAUAAUUUACUGCAUGUCACUACUUCCUGAAAAUAGUGUUGUUAAGUGUGAAGGAUUGUGGUUACUUGUGAAGGACUCGUGAAUACACAAUAAUAAAUUGAACUAUUUUUGUUGUUAUCAUAUUACAAUGGAUUACGUUACAACAUUAAAAAUCCUAGUUAUAGGUGAAAGCGGUGUGGGAAAAUCCAGCAUAAUAUUGGCAUUCACAACAGGAGAUUACAAUUCAUCAUUUCCAGCUACUAUUGGAGUAGAUUACAAAUGCAAAGUCAUGGAGGUAAAUGGUGUUAAAGUGAAACUCGGAAUUUGGGACACAGCAGGGCAGGAGCGCUACAGAACACUUACAAAUAGUUUUUACAGGGAUGCACAUGGGGCAAUAUUAGUUUAUGAUGCGUCAGAGCCAAAAACACUGGCGAAGCUUAAUGAAUGGGUGGAAGAGUUGCAGGUAUAUUCAACUAAGAAGAAUAUUGUAUGCCUUGUGGUUGGAAAUAAAAUCGAUAAGCCGCGCAUGGUGUCAAGAGAAGCUGGCCAAGCAUUUGCCCAGAAGCACAGAAUGCUGUUUAUAGAAAGCAGUGCAAAAACACAAGAAGGCAUCAAUUUGGCUUUCGAAGAACUAGUGCAGAAGAUUAUAGAAACGCCUGGCCUCUGGGAGUCGAGUCCGUCAUCGAACAUUCGGAUAUCGAACGAGGAUCGAAGACAACAGGAGCAAUCUUCUUGUUAUGACUACACCUGUUCUAUAUAGUUCAACCUUUUACCCCACAAUACAGCUAAUGGAACAGUAGCGUAACUCAGCGGUCCCCUUGAAAUUUAUACCUACCUAUAUACGUCUGGGUGGAGCGCUAGGGUUGCCACGUACACAAAGUACGUACGGCGUGGCACUCAAUAGCUUUGUCUUUCAAAGGGGCGGGACACACAGAAAAGAACACUUAAGACUAGGACGCGUCGCAGACAGGUCUUAAGGCUAAAACAAACCAACGCGUUCAAUUCGCGUCCGCGGUGGCGAUUACAGCGCGUGCAAAAGUUGUGUACACUGUCGCGUUUGUUCGUGCGUUCACCAGGCUGGAGCCACGUCAUUUAACUACAAUGUUCUCUGAUACAGAUAGUGAAAUUGAAGAAGUUCUACUUCUGUCUGCUCUCAUUGAAGAUGAAGAGGCACAAGAUUCUUCCUAUUUCGUCCCACACCUGGUCCUUUUUUUUAGUAUUCCUAUAAUUAGAUUGAGAAGUAUCGUAUAACAAUGGGUAUUUGUGAACCUCAUUUAUAAUUCCUUCCGUAUCCAUUUUCUCAACAAAAAUAGCUGCGUGCAGCGUCCAAACAGAGGACGCCUCGAUGUGGACACGUCGCUACAAGUUCGUAAGCAAAAACUGAUCGCCAUCGUUGACGCGAGCUGUAUGCGUUGGUUUGCCCUAGCCUUUAGACGAGUCGCUGUUAAAGUAUAUGAAAGAGACAGGGUGCGGAUAGGAUGCAUCUGGCUUGUCUUCGCGUCUAUCUAGACUGCGUUUCUUUGCAUUUAAGUGUCUGCUUUUGGGAACACAACAUGUCUCCUUCAGAAGACGAGAAUGUUCUGGCUUUGGUUCAACUUGCUAACAUUCAAAGGGUUAGACGUUAUUGGUUACAUCCGGUAUGGCGCAGCAAUGAAGAACAUAGAUUUUUUAAAAUAAUAAAUAAUUUGAUAAAAAUUUCAAUAAUAAUUGUAAAAAACACGUCUAACCUAGACGCCAGUGUAAGUGCAACUGCGAGCGCGCGGGUGCCCCGUGUUCCAAAAUCAAAAUACAAACUACCGCCCGCGCACACCUUUAUGCCGCGUUUAGUCGGCGCCUCGCCUUUUCUGUAUAUUUAUAUAGGGUGCAGUCGUAGAACCGUCGUGUCCGCGUCUCGCUCGCGCCCUGUCUUUACUGUUAACUUGGUGUCACGACGCUUCUAUACAUUUUGUAUGAAAGUUUACUGAAGGGGAACGGCGUCUGAGACGCGUCCUACGGUGCUACUCAUGUAAUUUCAAAAUCGUUGACGCUAAUUUUUGAUCCUGUCCACGUUUCGCUCUAGAUUCGUAUUCUCCUAUCAUUUCCCGCGAACGUUAACUGAAGCGGAGACGUGCGUUAACGAUAUUUGGUGUACCAAAUCUGAAAUAUUUCGUCUACUACUAAUUACCUAUGCUUUAAUGUGUGAUGCUUUAAAUUGUCAACUAAAACGUCAAUAUUUUGCAGAAAACGUAUCGAUCUCCCUUGGAUCACCCAACAAUUGACAUUUUAGAUCUUGUUACGAGUAUACGCAUCAUACGAUUUCCCUAAAUCGGAACGUAACUUCAUCACAAUCGGAACUUCACCAUCAAUUGGUGUUACAAGAAUAUGAAAAUUGGUUUUUUGACAUAAGGUCGCUUCGAUCCUAAUCUCUUUUGUUACGAGAAAAGGGUUACUGGUCUUACGUCUUAUCUGUGUCUCCCGCCCCCAAGAUUGCUUAGCGGCUGUGUUAAAUGUGUAUAUGUGUGCGUGCGUCGAUUCUGGCGCUCUAUUAUGAAGUUAAGUACUGUUCUAUUACCUACGGUAUUGUGAAAGUGGUCACCUAAAAAGUACAAGUUUGACGCACACAUCAAAUUUUAACUGCGUAGUUCAAAUGGCUGUAAAUAAAACGGAAUAGAAAACAAUUUUAUUUAUCUCACUAAAUUAUUAUAAUUAUUGUUAACACGAUGAAUUGGUGUAAUCCCGGCUUAAAUGGUGUGUGUAUAAAACUUAUUAAGCUUACCUGUAAUUAUUGUGAUAUUUUAUAUGCCUGUGUAAUGUGUAUGUAAAUAUAUUGUAAUUAAAUUGUAUCGCAAUAGGGA